CACAAGAUAUCGACUGAGGGCACAAUCUGCAGUGAUAAGUCCCUACCGGUGGGAGGCAGCAGUGCGCUAAAUAGUGCCGGGAAGAAGAAGAAGAGGAGAUCACACGAAUGCUACAUUUGAAAACUUUGACCGACUCCCUGGUGUUACGCGGACAUUAGUGCGCGGCUGUAGCAGCAGCAGCCGCCGUGUUGUGAAGCCAUGCGGCGGAGUAAGGCUGAAGUGGACCGGUACGUCUCCUCCGCGCAGAGUUCCUCUCCCUCGCUCAAAGAGAAGCCAACCAAGGGGUUUCUAUUUGCUAAAUUGUACUUUGAGGCAAAGGAAUAUGAGCUUGCUAAAAGACAUGUGUCAGAAUAUCUCAAAGUCCAGCAGAGGGAUCCUAAAGCACACAAAUUCCUUGGACAUCUCUACGAGAGAGAGGGAGACAUCGGCAAGGCUGUAGGAUGUUACAAGCGGUCGGUGGACUUGAACCCUGCCCAGGGGGACCUGGUGUUGAAGGUGGCUGAGUUACUGGUCAGUCAGGAGGAAUUUGACGGCAAAGCAGAAUUCUGGGUGGACAAAGCUGCCAAGAUGCUGCUGCCAGGAAACCCUGCUGUCUUCAACCUGAAGGAGCGCCUGUUGAGUCGUCAGGGUCAGCAGGGUUGGAACCGGCUGUUUGACCUCCUCCAGGCUGAGCUGGCAGCGAGGCCAGGUGAUGCACAUGUGAACGUGAAGCUGGUUCAGCUCUUCUGUCAGGAUGGUCGACUGGAUGAAGCCGUCAAGCAUUGCCUCGCUGCUGAGAACAGGGGCUUGCUAAGCCACAGUCUGGACUGGUACACAGUGGUGGUGCGCACACUGCAGGAAUAUUUGGCUCAGCCCAGUGUUUCUAGUAAUGAAAAGUCGUGUCGGCGACUCCAGAAGGAGCUGCUAUUGGCCCACUGCAACCUGCUGAGAAUCACACUGUCUGAGAGCAGUGUGCAGCCCAGCUGUGACGCACUCAAGAGUUUUGAUCAAGCUAUGCAGACACUGAGCAGCAUUGCGGGCUGCCACGCAGAUGAUCUUUGUGAGGUGUUUGUGGAGAUGAGAGGUCACCUCUACCUUCAUGCUGCAACACUGCUGGUGAAGCUGGCACAGGACCGCCAGCAGACCUGGAGGGAUGUCAUUGACAUGGCUGCACUGUGCUACCUGCUAGCAUACCAGGUCUCCAGACCAAAGCCUAAAAUGACCAAAAGAGACCAGCCAGCCCCACCGCUUCUAGAGCUGCUGGCCAACGAUCGACAGAGUCAGGCUGGACACAUGUUGCUCAAUCUGAGCACUGAUUUAUCCAACUUAAUCAGAGAGGUGGUUGAGGUAUUUGGAAACCGCAGUGGUCAGGAUUCGCUGUUCGAAUUGCUAUUUGGAACCCAGGCCUCCACUGGAUCUUCAUUUAUUGCCAAUGAUGACAUUCGUACCACCAACACCAUGGUUCCAGAGCUCUCUCAACUGGCCAAAUGGGACACUGGCUCCAUCCUUCUACAUGGUGGUGACCUGCAACAUCUGAGCUGGUUGGGGCUACAGUGGACUCUUUUGGCCCAAAGACCAGCACUGAGAGAUUGGCUAGCGCAGCUCUUUCCGAGGUUAACCCUGGAAACCUCCAAACUGGACACAAAUGCACCAGAGUCCAUCUGCCUACUGGACCUGGAGGUGUUUUUAUAUGGUGUGGUGUUCUGUAGCCACUGUCAAUUCCAGGAAACAGCGAAAAUCAGCAGUUCAUUGAACCAGCAGCAACAACAGCAGCUCUAUGAGCCGCGCUGCCUCCCACUUCCUCUCCUUCGCCUCCUGACCACUGACAGACAGAGGGAGUGGUGGGACGCCCUCAACAGCCUUAUUCAUAAACAGACAGCCACCGGCAUGUCUGGCAAGCGGCGAAUGAUUGUGCAACAUGGACUGAGCACUCUGAGAGCCGGAGAGAAACAUGGGCUUCAACCAGCACUGGCCAUCCACUGGGCACAGUGUCUCAGCCAGACGGCUAAUAUGACUGUGAACUCGUACUAUGACCAAACGGACUACAUUGGUCGGAGUGUGCACUACUGGAAAGUCGCCCUCCCACUGUUGGAAAAGAUCAAAAACAGACGUGGCAUACCCGAACCCCUCGACCCCCUCUUCAUGCACUUUCCCUCUAAAGAUAUUCAGAUUUCUUCUGUGAAGGGUUAUGAAGAGGAAUUCAAGAUAGCGUACGCAGCUCUUCUUGAGAUUGAGGGCAGGACAGAGGAGGCCAUUGCUACCUUGGAAACCAUCAAUAACAUGUCAUCCUUCUGGCAUUUGGCUCAGAUCUACCAGCGGCUCUCAGAGGAGGCCAGCAAUGGGGUUGAGGAGACCCAAGACAGGUGCAUCACUUUCCUGAGAAAGUUCAGGACCUACCUGUCUAAGAUCUACAAUGCCAAUGCCGACGACAUUGAGAAGCUGCCUGUGUCCAUGGAGGAAGUUGUGGACCUCCUGAAUGAUGUGAACCAACAGCUGGGGGAGAGUGGAGAGGCCAUAGAUGAAGAGGAGGAGAAAGAGGAGGGUCAGAGAGGACCAGCGCACUCUAGUCCUGCUCAUCCCAUAGAAACCAGUGCCACAAUAUCCCACAUUAAGUUUUCCAGUCCUUCUCCAAACAAAAGCAUAGUCUCUCCUGCCAAAAGACUGAUUUCUCCCAAGACGCAACCUCAUUGGGUGGAGGACCAGAAAAGUCUCCUUCAGAUGCUGUGUCAGCAAGUUGAAGCCCUCAAGAAUGAAGUUCAUGAUCUAAGGCACAACUCUUCAGGGAAUGCAGGCUCUCCUCGUCAUAAGAUGUAUGGGGAGAGCUAUGGGGCUGAGGGCGUUCAGGAUUCUUUUACCCCAGUCCAGUCGUACCAUGGUGCCCCCCUAACAGUUGCCACCACAACCCCCUCUGCGUACUACAACCAGUCUCCAGCUUAUAACUCUCAGUAUCUCCUGCGCACUGCAGUAAAUGUAACCCCCACCAAGGGCCCAGUGUACGGUAUGAACCGUAUGCCACCUCAGCAGCAUAUGUAUGCUUACCAGCCGCCCACUCACACACCUCCAUUGCAAACAGCCCCACCCUGCAUUUACCCUCCUCAAGAACAAGUCUUUGGUGCCCCUCUGCGAUUUGAAUCGCCAGCCACAAGCCUUCUUUCACCAUACAGUGAAGAAUACUAUGGCCAGAGUGUAACCCAACAAACCACUAACCCUCCUCUGCCUGAACCUGGCUACUUCACCAAACCAUCUGUAGUCCCCGUUCAGCCACCAAAGAGCAUAGACGGGAAACCUAUGGACUUUGGGAAGCUGUCCUUCAGCCAACAGGCGCCUGCUGAAGCCCCCAAAGUGCCUAGUUUUGGAGCAGGGGCAGUUGCCCAGUCAACACAUUCAUCUUCGUUCAAAUUCAACUCCAACUUUAAAUCCAACGAUGGCGAUUUCACUUUCUCUGCUUCUCAGGCUAAGCACAGUGAAAGUCUGCUUGGUCUCCUUACAUCUGACAUUCCCACUAAAACGGAUGCUGUUCCAGAGAAGCUUUCCGCUCAGGAGCAGCCUACUAGCCAAACAGGCAUUUUCACCUUCGGCACCAAAAGUCCGACUAGCUUUUCCUUUGUCGAUUCUGCAGAGAGUACCGACACUGCAAGUCUGUUUGGAAAAGUGGACCAGCCGUUUAAAUUUGGGGAUUCUGACACCGCCAAGCCAGUGUUUGGGUUAUCCAGUUACACACCAGAGGCAGAAAAAGCAGCAGAGAGUGACAAUGAGAGCACUCAUGUUGAGGAGGAUGAGGAUGGCCCUCAUUUUGAACCCAUUGUACCUCUUCCUGAUAAAGUAGAUGUGAAAACGGGUGAGGAAGAGGAGGAGGAGAUGUUUUGUAACAGGGCAAAGCUGUAUCGCUUUGACACGGAGACAAAAGAGUGGAAGGAGCGAGGUAUUGGCAAUGUUAAAAUCCUAAAACACAGCACUAAGGGGAAAGUCCGCCUCUUAAUGAGAAGGGAACAGGUCCUCAAGAUCUGUGCCAAUCACUACAUCAAUGCUGAUAUGCUACUAAAACCGAAUGCAGGCUCUGACAAAUCCUGGGUCUGGAAUGCCAUUGAUUAUGCAGAUGAAGAGCCUAAGCCAGAACAGCUGGCCAUCCGCUUUAAAACAGCAGAUGAGGCAUCACUUUUCAGAGCCAAGUUUGAGGAAGCCCAGAAAAUUGUCCUUGAAUCACCAGAAGAGCAAAGUCAAGUGGAGGAGAAAGAGGAGAGCAUCAAAGAUUCUCAAUCACUGGCAGCCCAAUUUGCACUUAAACAAGGUGAAUGGGAAUGCGAUGCGUGCUAUGUAAGAAAUAAACCCACAGACGUGCGGUGUGUUGCAUGUCAAACCGCCAAUCCCAAUUCUUCAUCAAAACCAGACAUUCAGGCUGCUGGUGACACCAAACCGAGUCCAUUUAGUUUCAAAUUUGGGACAGAUUCAUCAAAACCCAGUAGUUCUGGCUCUACAUUUUCUGGAUUUGGUGCUUUUGGAGCUUCUAUACCCUCUUCAUUUACCUUUGGGACCAGUUCCUUAAAACCUGCUGACACAGUAACAAGUGCGUUUGGUUCUGGCUUUGUAGCUCCGUUUGGAAAGAAGCCGGGGCAGUGGGACUGCGACAAAUGUUCUGUAAGAAAUGAGGCCAAUUCAGACACUUGUGUUUCUUGUAAUGCUCUAAAAGCCUCAGCUAAAACAACUGCUACAGCAGAAACCACACCACCUGCAGAUGCACCUGAAGUGGAGCCCUCUACAUGUUCUGUGGGCUCUGGGUUUGGUGCCCAGUUUGGGAAGAAGCCUGGGCAGUGGGAUUGUGAUAUAUGCGCAGUAAGAAAUGAAGCCUCUGCUAACAAAUGUGUAGCUUGUUAUAGCCCAAAUCCUGCUGCUAAAUCAACAGAGGGGCCUCCAGAAGCAUCACAUCUGCCAGCAGUGUCAGGUUUUGGGUCUGGUUUUGAAAAGAAGGAUGAACAGUGGGACUGCGAUGUCUGCCUGGUCAGAAAUGAUGCAUCAGCUAAUGAAUGUGUUUCAUGCCACGCCCCAAAUGAAACGCCCUCUUUAGAAGCCAUGUUUGCCAGGAAGGAUGACGAAUGGGACUGCGACAUUUGUCUAGUGAGAAACAAUGGCUCUGCCAAUAAGUGUGUGGCUUGUCAGACACCAAACCCCAACGCUAAAAGCACAAGCAGUGCUGCUCCCACAGCCUCCAGCUUCAGCUUUGCCUUUGGAUCCAAGAGUUCAUCAAGUCAGCCACCUGCAACUGGAUUCAAACUGCCGUUUGGAGCUGGCAGCACUUUCCAGUUUGGCCACAACAAAGAUAAAAGCUCUGCAGAUUCUUUCAAGUUUGAAACUCCUCAGUCUGGAUCUAGUAGCACAAGUGCUUCAGGCUUCUCUUUCUCAAUGCCUAAUGCAGGUGGUGGCUUCAAGUUUGGCAUUCAGGAUACUGCCUCAACUGAUGAUCCAACACCUCCAUCUGGGUCAGCAUCUAGCUUUCUUAAAAGCAUAGCUGACAAACAUAAUGAGAAACAAGAUGUGUCUACACCUUCAGAGGACCAAACGGAACAAGACCAAAAUCCAUUAAUUACUGGAAAACCCAAUACAUUCAGUUUUUCUGACCUGGCACAGUCCUCUGGAUCAGACUUCCAGUUAAGCGAGAAAGACACAGAAUUUAAAGGUUUCUCUGGGGCCGGUGAGCAGAUGUUCUCAUCGUUACAGGCAACCCCUACUAAGACGGUUGCCUCUCAUGAAGUGGAGGAUGACGACAUGUAUAAAACAGAGGAAAAUGACGAUAUUCAGUUUGAACCAGUGGUUCAGAUGCCUGAUAAGGUGGAUCUGGUGACAGGGGAGGAAGAUGAACUGGUUCUUUACUCUCAGCGUGUCAAACUGUUCAGAUUUGACACCAGCACCAACACCAGUCAGUGGAAAGAGCGCGGUGUAGGGAUACUCAAAUUCCUGAAAAACACCACAAAUGGCAGACUCAGGGUGCUCAUGAGAAGAGAGCAGGUGCUGAAGGUGUGCGCCAACCACUGGAUCACCACCACCAUGAAUCUUAAGCCCUUGGCAGGGUCAGAUAAAGCAUGGAUGUGGCUGGCCAAUGACUUUGCUGAGGGAGAUGCUAGACUUGAACAGUUAGCUGCCAAGUUUAAAACCACAGAGCUGGCUGAGGAGUUUAAAGUGAAGUUUGAUGAGUGUCAGAGGCUUCUUUUGGACAUCCCCUUGCAAACCCCCCACAAGCUGGUUGACACAGGCCGGACAGCGCAUCUCAUUCAGAAAGCAGAGGAAAUGAAGUCUGGUUUGAAAGACCUGAAAUUCUUUUUGACAGAUGAGAAAACAAAGAUCAAAGAUGAUGACAAACAGGGAGAUAUAACAUCCAGCAAUGUUUCAAGCCUUGUAAUCAAGGGUCACGGUGAAACCACUGGUCCCACCUUGGAGUGGGAUAACUACGACCUACGAGAAGAUGCUUUAGAUGAUACUGCUGACACAUCAGUCUAUGCCUCUCCCAUCACUAGUAGCCCCUUGAGAAAGAACCUGUUCCGCUUUGGAGAAUCCACUAGUGGGUUCAGCUUCAGCUUCCAACCUGGCAUCAGCCCGUCCAAGUCUCCUGCUAAGCCUAACCAGAGCAGAACGUCAGAGGGUACUGACGAUGAGCAGGAUGUAACCCAGGAUGAGGAGAGGGAUGGCCAGUACUUUGAGCCUGUAGUCCCCUUGCCUGAUCUGGUGGAUAUUUCAACAGGAGAGGAAAAUGAGCAGGUGGUCUUCAGUCACAGGGCCAAACUGUAUCGCUACGAUAAGGAGCUGGGUCAGUGGAAGGAGAGGGGAAUCGGGGACCUCAAGAUCUUGCAGAAUUUUACCACCAAACAAGUGAGGUUGAUAAUGAGGAGAGACCAGGUACUUAAGAUAUGUGCCAACCACUGGAUAUCAGCAGCCAUGAAGCUGGAGCCUAUGAAAGGCGCUGAGAAGGCCUGGGUGUGGAGUGCCAUGGACUUUGCUGAAGAAGGAGAGGGUACUAUUGAGCAGUUGGCUGUGAGGUUCAAGCUGCAGGAUACUGCAAACGCAUUCAAACAAGUCUUUGAAGAUGCCAAGGUCGCUCAAGAAAAUGAGGAACUUAUGACUCCAGUGACCUCUGUAGUUCCCACAUCUCCGGACACUGCAUCUGCAGGAUCUACAAAGACUGCAACAGCUGUAUGUGGGAAGGCAGCCAUCGCUGUUCUAGAGGAGACCACAAAAGAACGUACAGAGCUUUUCCCCGACAUUAAGCCAUGUUCACCCAGUUCUCCGGGUCCAGGCAACUCCUCAAAGACGGUGGUGUCUCCUCCUAAGUUUGUCUUUGGCACUGAUAGCCUUCAGAAGAUUUUUGGCUCCCCGAGAUCUCCCUCUGAGGGUGAGGAAUCUGCAUCCGGUCUGAAAGCUAAAGAUGCUGGACAUCCUUCACCUGCAUCACCUGCAUUCAAAGUCCCAGAGAAAGGGCUGGAUUUUAGGCUUUUCAAAGAUAACCCAAUGGCUUUUUGGACCAGCACAUCAACCACCCAAUUUGAACCCCCAGGGCCCUCACAGGCAGAAGAAGGUGGUGCAGGGUCGGAUGAGGACUCAGAAGUAGAGAUCUUGUAUGUCAGGGAACCCACUGCUGAACAGGCUGCUUUAGCCAGGGAGCUCCUGCUGCCACUCACCUUCUUCUGCUACCAGAACGAACCAGGAUACGUCAGCGAUGAUCAAACUGAUGACGAGGACUUUGAGUCCGCAGUAAAAGCCUUGAAUGGAAAGCUCUACCCCGAUGCUCCUGAGAAAGGGGCCUCAGCGUGUAGCGAUGCCCUUAUCUUGAGUGUGCCGCCUUCAGAGCCAGACUGCCAGGUGGUGUGGGAGAAGAAGCCGACGCCGCAGGAAGAGGAGAAGGCCAAAAGCCUCUUGCUUCCACCCACUUUCUUCUGCGGCCUGAGCACCACAGACAGUGAUACAGACCACGACAAGACGGAGGACUUCGAGACAGAAGUCCGCAAGGCACAGCGAGAACUGGAUGCCCAGUUAAAUACAGGAGCAGAAGCCCCCAGCAGCUCUGCAGUUGCCCCAGAAGAGCAGACACCAGCUCCGUCAUCCAGCAGCUCAGACACUGCAGGCAACACGUCUACGCCACAGGAGCCGACCCCGGAGCAGCCAGUGGAGACUUGUAGUCAAGUUCCCAGCAGCAGCAUCAGCAGCAGCAGCUGUCCCAUCGACCUGUCAACAAAGAAGAGCUCAGAGCCGGAGUCCAACACUGAGGCAACAGUUUCUACCACUUCUACUACAACUGGUCAAGACCUCUCCAGCUUUGGCUUCAAAGAUGUUAGUGGCUUCUCAUUUGCUGACUUGGCCCAAACGACAGAAGGUUAUUCAUUUGGAUCUACAGACUCCAACUUCUCGUGGGCAAAUGCUGGAGCGACAGUGUUUGGGUGUGCAGUGCCCUCAGCACCAAAAAAUACUGGAGAAGAGGGGGGCACUGAUGAUGAGUCUUCAAACAAUGUGGACAUUCAUUUUGAACCAAUAGUGUCUCUACCAGAGGUGGAGACCAAAUCUGGAGAGGAGGACGAGGAAAUUCUGUUUAAGGAGCGUGCCAAGCUGUACCGAUGGGACCGGGACCUCAGUCAGUGGAAAGAGCGCGGAGUAGGUGACCUCAAGAUCCUCUUCCACCCGUCCAAACAUUUCUACCGAAUCCUGAUGCGGCGAGAGCAAGUUCUGAGGGUUUGUGCAAACCACAACAUCACUGAGGUGAUGGAGCUCAAACCUAUGAACGCCUCGGCUAACUCGCUGAUAUGGACCGCUACCGACUACUCAGAUGGCGAUGGUGAAGUAGAGCAGCUGGCGGCCAAGUUCAAAACCCCCGAGAUAGCAGAAUCAUUCAAGAAGACAUUCUGCGAGUGUCAGAACCGAAUAGGCCAGAGCGGCAGCGAUGACUCGUCUGUCUUGUCGCCACAGAUGUCUAGAAUUCAAGAGCACUCCAGAGACAGUAACCCACAGGUGUUCUUCAAAGUGUCAGCCGGCGACCAAACACUGGGCACCAUCACCAUAGAGCUUUUCUCCCAUAUUGUGCCCAAGACGGCAGAAAACUUCAAGGUUCUCUGUACCGGGGAGAAAGGCUUCGGACUGCGGAACUCCGUCUUCCACAGAGUCAUACCGGACUUCAUGUGUCAGGGUGGUGACAUCACAAAAGGUGACGGCACGGGAGGCAAGUCCAUCUACGGCAGCAAGUUUGAGGAUGAGAACUUCGACGUUCGGCAUACGGGCCCAGGAAUCCUGUCAAUGGCCAACUGUGGGCGCGACACCAACAACUCCCAGUUCUUCAUCACGCUGAAGAAAGCCGAGCACCUGGACUUCAAACACGUGGUUUUUGGUUGGGUGCGGGACGGCAUGGACGUGGUGCAGCAGAUGGGGGAGCUGGGCACGAAGGGAGGCGUGCCCACGAAGAAGCUGGUCAUCACAGACUGUGGACAGCUGUAGUUUUUUUUUAAUGUUCAGUUCAGGUUAUAAAGUCGAGGUCAUACAGGACUUUGGAAAACGAUGUGUUCCCAGUGUCAUUCUCUCCUGCUAAAACCCAAACCACGCUCAUCACAGGACGACUGGUCAACACCUGACUCCAGUAGCCUUGAACUAAAAAUGAUUUUUGCUUUAGACAAAAAUAAUUUCUAUUACCUUGGUGUCGUACUAUGUGGGUGCAGACUUGUUUCUGUGUUGCACUUGCAUCUUUAUCAUCAUCUGUCAAUAAAUACUCCAUAAUUUGUU